CCGUGCAAAAUUCCUUGUUUUUCAUUGUGUCGUUGACAGUGAGUGUGUGUGCGUGUGUCUCUAUGCGUUUCAGAAAAAAUUGACUAAGUGUUUGCCAUGUCCCCCCAAAUUUACUUGGCAGUGCAAAUAUUGUCAAAUUGAAAAAUUGCUGAAAUAUUUUUUUUACUAUUGAAAUAUUACUGUUAAUCGAGCAACUACUCCCUCCGCGACAAGUAAUAACCAGUCCCCGACGAAAAAAGGGGAGCAAAAUCAAAUAAAUCUGUAAUGUGUGCCUUUAUCUAAAACAAAUGCCUGCAACACUCUAGUCCCUAAAAUCCAAUAUCACAGUCAUUGGUUGGAUUUUUCUCCCUAUCUCGUGUACUCCAAAGUUAGUAUUGUGUGUGUGUGCUGGUGUAUUUUUUUCUUUCAAGGAUUCAAGGAGUCGAACAAAUAUUAUUUUUCCGAUGAAAUUGUAACCGCCGUAUGUAUGUUUCUGUGUGUGCCUAUGGGUGUAUAUGAAUGUAUGGGAAUGCCAGAAUAUUUCACCUCUUCGUCUUCCUGUAUCGGCUGCUGCUGCUCCCCAUCUUGAGAAAAGUCGUAGAUAUUUGAAAUUCACAUACACAACUUUACGACUUUGCACAUCAUCACUUCUUUUUGCUUUGUUUGUUUCAUUUCUUAAAAGUCAGUUCACAAUUUUGUUAGCCAGAACAUUUGUGUGCGUAUACCAGACCGACGACCGACCCACUAAACCAAACCAAAUCAACCAACCCAAAAAGCACUCCCCAUAUCGACCAACAAUAAACAACUCUUUAAAAGCGAGAUUUUUAAAAGAACACGAAUACAGCAAACACAUUAUCCGGGCCUGCAAAUACUCUUGAAUUACAAACCAGAACACAGCCCAAAACAAACCGACCAUCAAAACAUACCACAAGAAGCAACAACAUCAAGCGAAAAACACACGGCAGGAUAAACAUCUUUUCUUCAAGGACUUUGUCUUCAGCAUGAAGGAGUUCGUUGGUGGCACAGAGAAUAUGAAAUAAGAGCAAAGGUGGUGGCUUUUAAUGCGGACGGACGGUGGAAGGUCACAGACACAAUAGUUGAAGAGUACAAUGUAUAGCAAUAAUUUACAACAAUGGUGGGAGCAUACAUAUCAUCACCAUUUGAACCAGCAACAACAGCAACAGGUGGCAUUUGAUGCGAGCGUAUUGGACUCGCAGUUUUCGGAACACGCCACAAUAAAGACAAAUGCUAUCCUAGAUGCAAGCGUUGGGAGCAACGCCAAGGAUUUUGUUAAUCUUGCAGCCUUCCAGCAAUCACUGGAAGAUGCUGCAAAUGGUCAACCACUCACAAAUCCUGGUAGUUCUUUUGAUUACGACAACUACGAUAAUUUGACAUUCCUCAGCCCGUAUGACGGAGAUCGCGAUGACCACAGCAUUCCAUCACUUACUCUGCUUUUCAUGGCUAUUUCAUAUGGACUUGUGGUAUUUGGAGGAGUUCUGGGAAACGCCACACUACUGCUCACACUAUGUUCAGCGUCAUCGGUGAGACUACGUAAUCCCUUGCUGCUGGCUGUGUGUAUUGCAGACUUGUUGGUGACGGGCAUAUCGGCUCCGGUGACACUCUUAAAUCUAGCAAUGAAUCGAAAGACUAAAGCACUUCCACUGCAAUUGUGCAAAGUUAUUGAUUUUGUACAGGCCACACCAGUUGCUGCCAGUACGCUAUCAUUCUUUUUGCUAUCUCUAGAUCGUUAUGCAACAGUUAAACAUCCACGUCUGGCCCAACUACGUCAGCGUCGUUAUUUACAUGUUUCUUUGGCGCUCAUAUCGUGGAUGACAUCAGCCAUUGUAAGUGUGCCGUUUUUGUUUAUCUAUAAAAUUGUUGCAAAAACGGUUGUUAUAAAGAAUGCAACACACCGCCCAUCUUCGGCACCGUUGCCAACACCUUCGCCAUUUUCAUCCGCGGACCCAGUAACGACAUCAUCACCAUCACUGCUGCCAUCGGCCACAUUGUUCACCAUCCUCCCGCCGACUCCCACCACGAGUUCUGGAGAGUUUCCGAACGUUAGCAUUAGUUGUCAUUCGGAUCCCGGUGCCAAUCCUGUUUUUGUUAUAUUCAUUCUUAUUCAUACCCUCGUCGUUUUCAUUUUACCUGGCAUUGGUGUGCUCCUCAAUCAUUACGGCGUUCGGCGGAAAUUAUGCGCUCUGUCGUUGACUGCUCGAGCAGCACAUGGCGAACUGCCACUUCCGAUGCCAAUAUUAAGACGUCAAACGCACAUGGUGAUUGUUACGGGCAUAGCAAACGCACAUCAGGCAGCCGGCUGUGGUGGUACCACAGAUGACACUUCCAAUGGGGGUGAUAUACAAAUGCAGAAUUUGAAUCCGAGAGGUGCAAUGUCCAGUCGCAAUAUUAUCAAAUCAAAAAAUCCUAUAUCUCCGAGAGCUAUGCGUGAAAUUCGUGAACAUUCGCAACGACAGCGAACGCAACGUGCAGCUGCACGAGGCAGAAGAGUUGCCACACCUGGUAUACCUUUACCACAAACUUCUACACUUCGGUCCAGGAGACACCUUGCUAAUAUGCUAAUUGGUUCGGCAUUAAUUUUCAUAGCUUGUUGGACACCACAUGUAUUUUGUGUAAUUUACAGAAUACUGGGAUACAAUCACUACUGCAAUAAAUCAUCCAGAUAUUUUAAUUUGUUACUGGGUUACAUGUAUUCCGCCCUGAGUCCCAUUAUUUAUUGGGCUCUCAAUCAUAAUAGCCUGCGACAAUCGCCCUGCGCCCCCCUCAUACGAUUGCGUUCUAUGCAGAAAUUCCUAAGGACUCGUUUUCGUUCGAAUCCAGUGCCACCGGCACCCUCGUCCACAAAUGAGGCGCAACUGGGAGCCUUCAAUCCAAAAUUAAUUAAAUUGACACCGAAACAAUAUCGCGCUCAGGCUUCAUCACACUAUUUAUACUAAGUAGAAUCGGCAAAACGGGAGUGCUGAAAAUGAAAGCGAUGCAUAUUAUGCUCCUGGCUGUCCCCGUAGCUCUAUUCUCUCCAAUUCGUUCAUUGUAAAUCUCAACUGUGAAAAUCUAUGUCUGAACCAAACAUCUCUUUUCACAACUAUUUCGUCUUUUUCCUUUCAUAAAUGUUAAAUGUGUCUUUGCUACUCAACACCACAGAGAGAAAUGCCAAUUUAUGUAUGUGUUUAAAGAAGGACUAACAGGGGACAUUCCCAAAAAACUUCGCAGAAAAUUUGGUUCAGUAAAAGUGUCUUGAAAUGUACAUAAACACAAAAUGUUACUUAACUAACUAAGCUAAUUAUGAAUUAUGUAAUUAAGUAGGAGCUACCUAUGCAUGUAUUACUAAGUAUUGGCAACCAAAGUGGCAUACGAGCCAUAAUGUAGAAAAUAAAAUUAUUAAAAUAAUUUAGUCUUUUUAAACCUAACAUCUGUAAACACUUGGAUUUUUUUCUGGCAUUGACCAAAACCUGUAACUCAUACAUACAUACAUAUAUU